AUGGCAUCUGCAGGAUCCACGCGCCCAGAGGUCCUCCUCCUCAGUCUUGCGCUACAGCCCUUCUUCGAUGACUCCUAUACCUCUCUGAUCGAUGCUCUCAGUGCAGUCUCUAAGAUCAAACGAACCAGAUUAUCUGAUGGUGCAAUUCGCUAUCUCGAAGCCAACAACCCGAAGGCAGUUAUUGUCACAGACGAGGAUUGACAAAGGCUAAAAACAAAGCUGUUCUAGAGAAGGUCAAAUCUUAUGCUCGCAAGGGCGGUCGAGUAAUCAUCGGUCUUCAUUUCACCUGCUUUAACGAUAUGGAUGUUUUCGACAAGUUCUUUGGUGGAGGACUUGGUCUUCAAUGGCGUAGUGGAGACUACUACCACCGCACAGAUUUCCAAUUCAAUCCAUCUUGCCGUCUUCCGGCCUAUGUUUGCAAGGAAUCUCUCCCUUUGAACAUCAACUUGAAGGUGUUACACAUCAAAAAUGCUCAACCUCACGAGAAGAUAUUUGUUCCUGUUCCUGGUGCUAAAACACAAUCCUUGAUGGGAGUGCUACCGUCCACGGCAGUUGACCAGUCGCAAGCCGCUGUUGCUGGAGUGGUUUAUGGGUCGGGAUUCUUGUUUUAUGUUGGAGAUGUCAAUGCAGAGAAGGAUUCUGACACUAUCAUCAUGACUUUAUGUGGGUUUUAG